UUUCACACAAAAUGUCUUCUCGUCAAAAAAACUAUGCAAAUGACGAAGACAUCCUUUUAUGUCAAGUUUAUAUGCAAAUUUUACAAGACCCAAUUAUAGGGACUUAUGAAUCAUCAAAUCUAUUAUGGAAGCGUGUGGAAGAUGCAUUCGUCAAAGAUAAAGACCCGGCUUGGCCACGACGUACGCAAAGAUCUAUGCAGGCUCGUAUUCAAACCAUCGAGAAAGCAACAAAGAAAUUCCGUGAAUGUAUUCAAGCAGCUGAAGCAAGAAAUCAAAAUGGAGCUUCAUACGUAGACAUAAUGAAAGAAGCUGCACAAACACUCAAGGAUGAUCCAAAUUCAAAAUUGGAUUGGAAAUUUUCUCAUGUUUGGGAAGUGAUAAAAAAUUUUGAAAAAUUUCAAGAUUGUGCAGAGAGCUCUAGACAACCAUCACAUGAAAUUCAAUCUUCUGAUUCAGAAAGUCAGACUCAUAAUUCACAAGCCUUACUAGCUUUAUCUUCAUUUCCUAUGUGUUUUGAUAAUGAUGAUGACGCACAAGCCCGUGAUGGUUCCUCUUCAUCAAAGUCCAAACGAGUAAAGAAAGCAAAACAGAAGACAAAAAUAUUUGAAGAUACGACAUCUGUGAUCAUGGCUCUAGAAAAACAAAAUGAGCUUCUAAGGGAUGGCAUGGAAAAAGCAAACUCGCAAAUGAAUCUAUUCUUGGAAAAUCAAAAGGCGAGCAUCAAACUCAAGCAAAUGAAGGAAGAAAAUAAAAUAUUAUCUAUGAAUUUGAGCUCCAUAACCGAUCCCCAAAGUCGUGCAUUUUUUCAGGCUGAAAAAGAACGCAUUUUACGGAAAAAAGCUCAACAAGAAGAUCAAACAAAUGACUAUGCAGUUAGAACAUAUUCUUCGGACUUCAAUGAUAUUAGAGGAGAUUUACCGGAUUAUUAGAUUAGGUUUUUAUUUAGUCACUUGUAAUUUUAUUUUUAGUACUCCUAUUUGAAAUGUGUUUUUUAAUUUGUAGGUUUAUGUAUUAUGCUCUGUGUUUUUUUUAA